UUAUUUGUCGUUCUAUUGAGCCAAACAUUCAGUUUCUUAUCCGCAACUAUUCGAAAAUUCAUUUUUAAAAGUUCUCUGUUUUCUACGACAUAGAACAGCUGCGAAAUAGCUCAGUACUUCGGCAUCAAAAAUUUCGUUUAUUCAAAAUAGUUUUAGAGCGAAAAGCGAGAGUGCAACAAUCAAAUUUUUAUCAAGAACCCAGAAUUAUGGGUCUUAAAUGGACUGUAACAAUUUUUAUAUUUUCAGUUAUUUGUUGUGAAUUCUCAACUCCAUGGAUGAGAGACAAUAGCUACGUAGCAAAAAAACGUACCGAUCUAAAACGAAGAUGCCCUAAUGUGAAGGCCAUACGUAAUUUUGAUCUGGAAAAAAUGAUGGGAUUCUGGUACGUUGUACAGUAUUAUGCGUCAACCGAGGAAUUACCGGAGUAUGCAUGCAUGCAUAGCCAUUUCACAUUCUCUGACGAGGAUCAGCAUAUAACCAUGAACUUUACUUAUAUUUUUGCGGAAGAUCCUUUGCGAGAGAAAUUACAGGGAAAUUUAACUUGGAUGAUACCAGAAUUUAAUACACCAGCGCAUUGGAUGCAUAUUGAAGAUAUUUAUGAGGGAAUUUAUAAUACGUAUGUCCUUGAUACUGAUUAUGCUACUUGGAGUUUAAUAAUGCAUUGCGCUGAAAAGAAAAAGCAUCCUCGCUAUUUAUCGGCAUUACUUUUGUCGCGAGAACCACAAUUAGGGGAGAACGUGAUCAAUUUUCUAAGAGAAAAACUUCCACGCUAUGAUAUCGACUUGUCAUUUCUAUUUUCAAUCAAUCAAACAUCAUGUGACAAUUUGAUGGAAUCUUCACAAGAUGAUCCACUUGCCUAUAUUGUUAAUGGACGUAAAAAUGCCAAAAAUAUGUUCAAAGUUAUUAUGAAGCCAUAAUAUUAUAUUUUAAUUAUUAUACAUAAUGUUUA